AUGAAAUCAAACAUUUUCCCACUCAUCUUUAGUCAAUUUGUAUCAGCAUUAUUUAUAGAUACUUCAAACUACCUGCCAAAUCCUCCAUCAUCAGAACAACCAUCCAUGUACCAUAAUUCAACAACAAUACAAGACCAACAAUUUCCUUAUACUUCUCAAUAUGAGAAGCUUUAUGGCAAGCCAAUGUUGGAAUGUAUGAAACAGGUGGAAGCUUUAUUCCAUAAUGAAGUGACAACAUGCUCACAAGGUGUCGCUACGUCAACGAACUCUACCGAAGAAGUUGACUGUCAAUGCUUAUUUAUGAAAUAUAUUGAAGAGGAUUGUUUUGAUAUAGGUUUGAAUGACAGCGGCUUAUGGGACUUAGAGAAGUUGGACUAUCCUGAAUGCAAGUUCACCUGA